ACCUGCAGCUUUGAUACUUAAAGAACGUGAACGAGACGGAGACAGUGAACAUGUAACCUGUUUGCUAUGCAUUUUUAAACAGAGAACACAAAAGAGAUAUUUUUCUAAAGACCUGGGUGAAAACAUCUGUCUGAAUAAUCUUUGAAGGUUUGCACUGCAGUGGAAACACAGACAAACACUGAUGUGCAGAAAACUUGAAGAAACACGGAAGUAUUUGUUCAGGAGGGUGGACGAUCAGAUCUGCAGAGCAAAAAACUAGAAGCUACUUGGAACAAGGACAGAGAACAAAGACCUGAAGACCCUUAGUAGCUGAUUGUGCACCUCCACAUAAGACUUGCUGACAGUUAACAAUGACUACUCUAGCACAAGUUAAAAAACUGCUGAAAGAUUACCUGGACGAGCUAAAUGAAUCUGAUCUAAGAUCCUUUCAGUGGUACUUGGCCUUGAAUGAGACAAAGGGACAACAAACUAUCAAGACAUCUCAUCUGGAGAAUGCUACCAGAGAGAAAACUGUGGACAAGCUGGUCCAGGUUUAUGGGGAAAAUGAUGCUGUGAAGGUGACAAUUGACAAUUUCAGUAGCAUUAAGCGCAACGACCUGGCAAAAAAGUUAACUGAAGCAACUUCCAGAAAGGACAAGCCAAAUGAUGAAGAGGCAAGUGGUGAAUAUGCAAUUGAUGAGGAAUCACAAGAUGAAGAGUGGAAUGAUGAAGAGGAAGAGGAUGAAGAGUGGAAUGAAGAAGAAGACGAGGAUGAAGAGUGGAAUGAAGAAGAGGACGAGGAUGAAGGGUGGAAUGAUGAAGAGACAAGAGAUGAAGAGUGGAAUGAAGAAGAGGACGAGGAUGAAGAGUGGAAUGAUGAAGAGGAAGAAGAUGAAGAAUGGAAUGAUGAAGAGGACGCAGAUAAGGAAUGGAAUGAUGAAGAGUCAAGAGAUGAAGAGUGGAGUGAUGGAGAGCCAGUGGUCAAAAAGAGAAGAGUCCUUUGAUUGAAACCUGAAUGAUGCGCUGGAGGUGGGAAAAAAAUCUAGGAAAUGUCGCGUCAUCAGGAAGUCGUCUACAACCCUGAACCUCCAAUUAUUUUUGAAACUGUCUUUUCCUAGUGGAUCAACUGACCACUAGGAAAAUGCAGUUUUCUUAUUUCUGUCUGUUUGUAAAUUUUUUUUGUAAUUUGAAGAUGUUACUUGGUUUAACAUGCUUGAGUCACUUGUAAGAAUUGCCACUGACACAAUUGUAACAAAUUCAGAUUUCUUGGUUUUAAAAGGUUACACGGUACAAAAACUCCAAAAAGUAUUAAAUCCGCCAAAGAGUAAUUUAAUUAUAGAAAAAAUAAAGUAAAAUAUGUUUUAGACGUUUCUGUUGAGCUUACUUUUAACACACAUAAUGACCGCAGAAUUAGAGGACAAGAAAUCCCACUUCCUGUUUUCACACAGGAAGGAUAGACGCUGCUGAUGUAUGGUAAGACUAUUCUGCUUAUGUACAAAAAUCACAGUUUAUUAAUCAAAUACCUUGACUGUUCACAGACCAUAACUGUGAUAACGUUCAGCAUAGAAAUUAUGCUGUGUGCGAUGUAUGUGGAAAGACAAUUAAAAACUGUGGCAAAACAACAAACCUCGGUAAAAAAAAAAAGUGGGGAGCUGGCUCUCACUCGAUGGGAGUUUGCUCUUCUGAUUCACUACAAAGCAUGACACAUUACUGGAAGACAGUGUCAACAGUUUGUUAAAAAAUAGUAACAUGUCUGCCCCGCAUUUUCUUGUUUGUAACUGUAAC